UCACCGCCUGCAUGUGCAAUGGGGCGUUCAACGCCGGGAACAAUGGCGGCAUGGUCGUGGUUAAUUCUACUAUGCCUCGUCGCCGCCGCCACCGCCGGCGUGCUCCAAGCUCGUGCCCAGCCUGAUAGCAAAGGUUUCAUUAGCGUAGACUGCGGCCUCCCGGGGAAGACGAGCUACGUGGACGACAAGACCAAGAUAUCCUACGCGGCGGACGACGGCUUCACCGACGGCGGCUCGUUCCACAACAUCUCGGCGGAGUACAUCACGCCGGCGCUCUCGGCGCGCUACCACAACGUGCGCAGCUUCCCCGACGGCGCGCGCAACUGCUACACGCUCCGGUCGCUCGUGGCCGGCCUCAAGUACCUCAUCCGCGCCACCUUCAUGUACGGCAACUACGACGGCCUCAGCAAGCUGCCAAUCUUCGACGUCUACAUCGGCGUCAACUUCUGGAUGAUGGUCAACAUCUCGGACCCCUCCGGCGCGACGCUCCUGGAGGCCAUCGUCGUCGUGCCGGACGACUUCGUGCAGGUUUGCCUCGUGAACACCGGCACCGGGACACCGUUCAUCUCCGGGCUGGACCUCAGGCCUCUCGAGAAGAAGCUCUACCCGCAGGCGAACGACAAGCGGGGCCUGUCCUUGUUCGGCAGAUGGAACUUUGGCCCAAUUAGUACUACCGAGUUCAUCAGGUACCCCGACGAUCCACACGACAGAAUAUGGAUGCCUUGGGUCUCGCCAUCAUAUUGGGUCGAGGUAUCGACGACGAGGCCGGUGCAGCACACGGACGAGGACGUAUUCGACGCGCCGACGAAGGUGAUGCAGACGGCGAUUGCGCCGCUCAACGCCUCGAGCAACAUCGAGUUCGCCUGGGUACCCUACACGCAGCCCAAGGACCCGGCGCCGGGGUACAUCACCGUCAUGCACUUCUCCGAGCUGCAGCUCCGCUCCAGCAACGCCACGCGCCAGUUCUACAUCAACCUCAACGGCAACAUGGUGUUUAGCCAGGGCUACACGCCGGCGUACCUCUACGCCGACGCCAUCUUCAACAGCAACCCGUUCCUACGAUACCCGCAGUACAACAUCUCCAUCAACGCCACCGCCAACUCGACGCUGCCACCGAUCAUCAACGCCAUCGAGGUGUUCUCCGUCUUCUCCACCGCCACCGUUGGCACAGAUGGUCAGGAUGCUUCCGCCAUGAUGGUGAUCAAGGAAAAGUAUCAGGUGAAGAAGAACUGGAUGGGUGAUCCGUGCGUUCCAAAGACGCUUGCGUGGGAUAAGUUGACAUGCAGCUAUGACAGCUCCAAACCUGCAAGAAUCACAGACAUAAAUCUGUCAUCCGGUGGUUUAAGUGGUGAGAUAUCGUCCGCUUUUGCGAAUCUCAAGGCUCUUCAAAACUUGGAUCUGUCAAACAACAAUUUGACAGGUUCGAUUCCAGAUGCACUUUCACAGUUGCCUUCGUUGGCAGUAUUAGAUUUGACAGGAAAUCAACUCAAUGGUUCAAUUCCAUCUGGACUUCUCAAAAGAAUUCAAGAUGGUACCCUAAAUAUAAAAUACGGAAAUAACCCAAACCUCUGCACCAACGACAAUUCAUGUCAGCCAGCAAAACACAAGAGCAAGCUUGCCAUCUAUGUAGCUGUUCCUGUAGUUCUGGUUUUGGUGAUAGUAUCAGUCACAAUACUGCUCUUUUGCCUUCUGGGACGAAAAAAGAAGCAAGGAUCAAUGAACACUUCCGUAAAGCCGCAGAAUGAGACAGCGAGCUAUGUGCCGACAAAUGGCAGCCAUGGGCAUGGCUCAUCAAUGCAGCUUGAGAACCGACGGUUUACUUACAAUGAUUUAGAGAAGAUAACAAACAACUUUCAGCGAGUGCUCGGCGAAGGAGGGUUUGGGAAGGUCUACGAUGGCUUCUUGGAAGAUGGCACUCAAGUGGCAGUCAAAUUAAGGUCUGAAUCUUCCAACCAAGGGGAUAAGGAAUUUCUCGCAGAGGCUCAGAUUUUAACUCGGAUUCACCACAAGAGCCUUGUAUCUAUGAUCGGUUAUUGCAAGGAUGGGAAAUACAUGGCACUUGUCUAUGAGUACAUGUCAGAAGGAACCCUUCGAGAACAUAUUUCAGGUAAAAGAAACAACGGGAGAUACUUAACCUGGAGAGAGAGGCUUCGAAUCGCGCUGGAAUCCGCUCAAGGGCUAGAGUACCUACACAAGUGGUGCAAUCCGCCUCUUAUUCACAGAGAUGUGAAGGCUACCAACAUUCUAUUGAAUGCGAAGCUAGAGGCUAAGAUUGCUGAUUUUGGCUUAUCCAAGACGUUCAAUCUUGAGAAUGGCACACAUGUAUCUACGAACACGCUUGUUGGCACACCUGGAUACGUGGAUCCAGAGUACCAGGCAACAAUGCAACCAACGACCAAGAGUGACGUCUAUAGCUUUGGUGUUGUCCUAUUGGAGCUGGUCACAGGGAAGCCGGCUGUCCUACGUGAUCCAGAGCCCAUAAGUAUCAUUCAUUGGGCGCAACAGCGCCUAGCACAGGGUAAUAUUGAGGGAGUGGUGGAUGCACGUAUGCAUGGUGACCAUGAUGUAAAUGGUGUAUGGAAGGCUACGGACAUCGCACUCAAGUGUACCACACAAGUAUCGGCACAACGGCCCACUAUGACCGAUGUGGUGGCACAACUGCAAGAGUGCCUCGAGCUCGAGGAGGGGCGUUGUGCCAUCAGCAAUGCGAACAACAAUUUCUAUACCGACAAUAACAGCAACUCUAACUCAAGUUAUGACAUGUAUGCCACUGACCACUCUAUUGAUGUAAGUCAGAACAGCGCUGCAUUUGAGACGGAGCGUAAUUUUGGAAGGAUGCCAUCAACGGCCACCGGUCCAGCUGCACGAUAAAUCAUUUUGCCCAUCUGAUCUGAAUGCUGUCAUUUUCUGGGAAAGAUCUUCAUGGAAGUUUUAACAAUGUUGUUUUACCAAAGUAAAUGCAAAUGUACAAAUUAAUUUCAAAAACUCAAGAUCCUCAGUAUAAACCCUUUCGGUUAUGAACUCAGAAUUCAUAUACUUGUCUCUUCUUUGAGUGGCAUUAUUGUCCUGUACUAUUCUUUAGGAAGAGAAACACCAAUUUAUCUGUUCA